UUAACAUUUCUAAACAAUUUAAACAUUUAUACUUAUAAUAAUUUUAGAAAACAUGUAAUUAAUCCGAUUCACUGUCUUCAUCGGCUAUUUUAAGUUCUUCGAUAUGAGACAUUUCAAAAAAUUGUAAAAUAUCCUGAGGGUAGUUUUUAAUUUUUUUUGUCAUAAUUUUCUUAUACUACUUAUGUAUGAAUCCCAUAUCACUAAUAAGUUAUGAAAAAUAUCUUCCAUAUUUUGUGUUCUAGAAAAUUUUCUUGAAUAAUUAUUCAAGAAAAUUUCUUUAUAACUUUGUUGCGUGAUUCUUGAGUUUCUUCUCCUAAUUGUCCUAGAAGAAUUGCAUAGUGUAUUAUUUCUUCACAAUGUAAUAAUAUUUUUGUGUACUGUAGUCGGCAUAUUAUACCAUUGAUACAAUUGAACGAAUUGUUUUGCAGUCUCAUAGCAAUAAAUUUGGAAAAGAUCUGUUUUUAUUUGAUACGUGCUUGAAAUUAUUAAUAAAAUUACGCGGAAACGCUUUAUUAUUUCUUCAUCUAGCUUAGUAAUUCGUGCUGAAGUAGCCGAAUCCUCAAAAAAUCUUCGAGCGGUAUUACCAUCGUUAGUACUACCACAUCCCAGUUUUGAUUUGUCGACCAAUAAGCCCAUUUCAUGUUUGAAAGAUUCUUGUAUUUGUUUUUUAUUUUCUGCUAAUUUUUUCUUGUCUGCGUUUCCACGAGCUUGCUAUUUACGAAUAUUUAAUUUGUAUGAUAAAUGAAGUAAGCAUUCGAAGAAACGUAUCCAAGUAUGUAAUGGCGAUAUUCUAAAACGUAAUUUGUAUUGGUCUUUGACUUUAUGGCUAAUGCAAAGAUCAAUUUUAUUAAAAUCUUUUGAAGUUAGUUCACAUAAAUAGCAUCUUUGUGUCGAAGAAUUUUCAGCAACUGCGUUGCAUACCUUACCGUCAAUCAUUGUAAACAAUAAUGUGUGUUGAAUUCCAGGUAGUACAAAAAUCUUUUUCCGUUUCGAACAUAAAGUCUUGUUGUCCACGGUUCAUUAUUGUGUGUACUUUAAUCAUGGAAAAGGAUUUUUCAUUCUGUGCAAACAAUAAAAAGAUUUCUUUAGAAAAAAAAAUCAUUUAUUCCGCCGGUAAUACAGGAGUAGUAUUCCUUAAGGGGAUCCUGGAGUCGUCUGUUUUACCCAUGAGUUAAUUCCAUUGCUACUGUUUUUUGGUUGCAUAGAACAAAUCCUUUUCCACAAUUACAAUAUAGAAAUGCUUGUCAAUAGACUGGACUUUAUGUUAAAAACAAACAAAAUUUCAAAACUUAUAGUUUUAUUAUCAACUUGUGGCUUGCCUCGUGUGAUAACAUGCUUAUAAUGUAACGUGCUCAAUUUGUACGUACAAAAUGAGUGGCUAUUGACACAGAGACUGUUAAAAAGAAAUUAUAUUUCAGCGACAUUUAAGCGAGCGGCAUCGAUGUGGAGCUCAGCUGUAUUCGUUUAUCUCAAGGAGCAGAAAGGUGCAUAGCAACCAUAGACAUAGAGAUAUGGACUGCGCCAUCCAUAUGUAAAAGUGGUCGUGAAAAAAGAAGGAGAGGACGUGAAGACGGCCAAUCUCUCUCUCUUUCUAUUCAACGCUUAGAAAGAGAGAGAGAUGGCCGUCUUCACGUCCUCUCCUUCUCAUUUUUCCUGACCAUACGAUACAGCUAUGGAUGGCGCAGUCCAUAUCUCUAUGUCUAUGAUAGCAACUAUGCGCUCGUUACUUUUUCUGUUUACGUUGUUAUGUUCACACAGUCGAGUUUUUCUACGAUUACGAGGAACACGUAUGAUUUAUAUGGUCCGAUCUCAACUAUAUUCUCUCUCGAUCAAACAGUUAGUGAUUCUCUCUGAGACCUGCUCAAAAUAAAGGAGCACUCUGGACUAUUCUGGACAUAAUUCGAGUAUUCGCUCCAAAGAAAGCACAUCCGAUAUAAAUUAUUUGUAAUUCAACCAAUCUAUUAUUCAUUAUACAUUCGAUAUAAAUUAAUGUUUGAUAAUAUCUAUCGUUAACGUUUACAUUUAAUAUUAUAUAUGGAACGAUUUGUCUCGUAGUUAAUAUAUCUUUGAUUUAUUUUUUUGUUUCGAACAUCUGAUUUUAUUGUAUAACAUUCACCAUAAUCUAAUGUAUUUCAAAUGUAUUGUGCGUUAAUACCCUCAGUUUUAUCGUUUGUAUUAUCUGUUCUAUGAAUUUUACUGUGUUUUAUUAAAUGUAUUGCAUAUUGUUCAUGUCCGAAUUAAUUUGACUGUUCUAAUUUUCAAACGUAUUAAACAGAGACAGAAGGGAAGAAUAUAAGGAAGCUUUUAAAAGAAACUUCAGAAGUGUAGUAAAAAAGAUGGAGUGGGAUAAAAAUAAAAAUUUUAAGCAUAUGUGCAUCUGGAAUCGUGACCAAGAGUAAAACAGCACAAGAUUAGUUUCUUGAUAUCGUGCAAAAAGAUUUUUCAUUCUGCGCAACCAAUGAAAAGAUCUAUUCAAAAAAUCACUCGUUCCGUCAGUAAUACAGACGACUUGUUUCAUAUAUGUUACCGAGUAUGGUAAUUAAUGAUUUACCGACGCGACAUUAUCGACAUUCGUGUUGGACUGAUAGGGGCGCUGAAUGCGUAAUAGGCGGGAAUGUCGCGGCGCGAUUCAGACUUCAUCUUCUUCGUUUGACUUCCUUCGACAUUGUACAUGCGGAGAAGGAGCGUGCUUGAAAGUAUUUUGAACGCAAUAAAGGGUGAUUGUUCCUUGUCAACAAGCGUUGUUAGUCAACCACAUCAUCUAUCGCAAAGAGAAAACAUCGAUCUCAGGCGUAUCCAGAUCAAUAUUGAAAGAUAUAAAGAUGAAGAGAAGAUGAUGAGAAGGAGCGAUAGAUUGCGCUAGUUCACGGUCUAUAUAGAUUAGCGCCACAGCGAGAUACGGAAACAAAAGAAUGUGCCAAAUCAUCGGAACUGGGCGACAAACCCCGAUUUGAUAAUUCGACCGGCACUCUCUUCCGAGACGAGCAACCGUGAGUAUGCUCGGGAGUCUUUCGGUAUUACGUGUACAAGCUGUGUACAGUUAUCAAAUAUAUCUUUAUAAUUAUUCCGGCUAUCCUAGUCAUUCGAAACUUUUCGAUAUAACGCCCUACCUCCUUUCAUCUCAGAAGUGGGAUCAAGGGCCGUUUGGACUAUUAACGUAGUUUUCGUCGCGCUUUCGCAAACUUUCGGUAACGACUUUUCGGAGCGACGGACAAAGGUUCCGGAGCAAGUGCGUGUUUCGCGACGUAGUAACGCGGUAGUGUAUGGUGCGGACACGUGCGCAAGGCACAAUGGAUCGAGAUAGACUCGAACAUCUUUCGAUGGAGCAGUUAUGAAAAGAAGCUCAAAGGCAUCAGCUACCAGUAGGAAGUGAUAGAAAUGCGUUAAUAGACAAUAUCAUGUCGGUACUGGAAAGACAGACGCAGACGAUGGAUGCAAACCUAGGACCGUCGGACCACAUGGAGAAAACUCAGGCCCGAAAACGACGGACAUCGCAAAAAGACGACGGGCAACAAGGAUCUGAUGAGAUGUUUCACUGGAUGAUGGUUUUUAUUGACACGAUGAUGCAGCAACAAAGGGAAGCACAGCAGCAGCAACAACACAUUUUGCUAAUGCAGCAACAACAAUUAGCUCAAGUAGUGCAGAUGUUAUCUGCAGGAAGACAGAAUGCUGCGGUGCACCCAACUCAAGGUGAGACACCGAGAGGAGCAACAGACGAUCCGCCAGCCUCUGACGGACUUACGUCACCAACACCUCCAGAUCAUUCUCCGCUGCCUAAUAGGGCUGAAGGUUCGCCAUUCGGUAAAGUAUCGUGCUAGUGUCUCAAAUCCCGGAGUUCGGUGGAUAGAGGACGAGAACAUCCAGGCAUGGGUCCAACGAGUAGACAAGGUAUUACAAGUGCAUCAAGCUUCUGAUGGGAUCACUCUUUUGGCAGCUUCUAGUCGACUAAAAGAAGCAAAACAGUGGUAUGAGUCGCAGACGGGUCCAGCCCUGGAAUCCUGGAUAGGCCUCCGGCAGGAAUUGGUUAAAAUCUUCGACAGAAACAUACCUUUUUAUCGAGCUAUGCAGCGAAUCGAAGCCCGAAAGUGGUUAGUGAACAAGGAAUCUUUCGAUAAAUAUGCCAUCGAGAAAUUAGCGAUGAUCAGAAGAUUAAACUUGCCUCCGAAUGACACGAUUCAUCUACUUAUUGGAGGUAUCUCUUCAAGCUCUCUCCGAGCCACGGCACUCUCAAUUCCGGCAAAUACGGUAGAGGAUUUUAUGAGUCAAAUGCGGCAUAUCACCGAGGGUUACCAGGAAGCGGAAAGGAAAUCUAUAGGAGCAGUAUCACAGGGAAACAAACCGAACAAGGACAACAUUUGCAGAAACUGUAAUAAAAAAAGGGCAACACCACAAAGAGUGUAGAAGUGACAUUACGUGUUUUUAUUG